UAGCCAUGGUGCCUACCUACUCCUUGAUGGGACCUUUCAGAGGACACAUGAGUCUCAAAAGUAGCCCUUUUUCUCCUGGACCUUCCUGCAAACUCUCCAACCAGUACCUCAUUCAAGAUCACAUGGCUGCUCAUUUCAAGAAACUGAUGUCUGCCAAAGCUGCUGUUGAUUCAUCUGCACCAAAGAGUUUGCAUACCAGUGUCAAAUACAAGGAUCAACAGAAAAGAGACAGACUAAUUCAAACCCUUGAAAAAUAUAAGAGGGAUCUUGUACGCAGUCUUCCUGCCACACCAUUCAACUCCAGAAGUGUUUCUCCAAGCCAGCAGAAGAUGAGGUGGUCACUGUUGGAAAAUGGUCACCCAUAUUUGACAUCUGGUUGGAACAACUCUUCCGGAACAAAGAGAGAGCAGCCCUCCUCUGUAUCAUUUCAGAAGUUCACUUCAAGGACUCUGAUGCCAGCUCCUGCUGCAAGAAGGUCUAUCCCAAAUGGUGCUCCACGUGCUUUGUCUCAGACUCCUGUUCACAACUCCAGUACAGACAGAUCAUCUGCUUCACUGCUUCUGCGAUCUCGCAUGCAUUUGGGCAGUCGCAACAAGAAGAAGGCAUUUCAAAACUCUGUUCAUAAAACAUACUCUGGGGAUCUCCUGGACAGACAUUCAGCCUACUUUACAGAAAAGAAGCAAUGUUUUAGCCCUCGGAUCUUAAAGACAUCACAUCAAUCUUUUCUUAUGAAGUAUAGGUAUUAUAAUCCUCCUUCAAGAAAAAGGAGCUCCUCCCCUAGCAGACCACCAUUUAAAUCAUCAGACAUCAGUAAUAAAAAGAAAAGCAAGUUGCACAGAUACUUACAUCAGUGCUUAAAAUUUUUAGAAGAUUCACACGUGAGACCCCAUUCUGUUCACUUCUCUCAACAACCAGUUGAGAACCGUGAAUUGUGGAUUCAAAAUUCUGAAAUGCCACUUUUUCCAGGAUUACAAUUUGAAGAAAAAGAAGAAGAGUAUCUUCGCUUUCUUCAAGAUCUCACUAAUGAUAUUUUGAUUAGAAAUUGUUAUCACAGAGAGGCAUUAGAAGAUGUAUUUCAAAUGCACAUUAAAAGUAAGAGGCAUAACCUUGAUGAGGCAAAAAUGACAAGAAUAGUUCAAGGCCUGAAGAAAGAGCUGAACAUCACAAACCAACCACACCUUUCCAUCAGCUGUGAGGGCACGUGGCAAAAGGAUGGCAACAUUCCUGCGACGUGCUUUUAACUCACAAUUUUGGGCAUUUCAGAGAGCAUUCAGAAUCAGUUGGGACAGCGAACUAGUUUUUACACCAAUUACAAUGUAAACCUUGGGUAAACAGGAAAACGAAGAAGAGAUCCACCUAAUGCAUCUGCCCAUGAUGUAACACAGUAUCACUAUGGCAACAACCAGGUUAGCAUGCUGAGAACAAUACCAGAGCACCAAAGACGUUUUUACAGGGGCUUUCACAAUCAGAAUAGAAAGCCAGAUACAAGUGUCCUUUCAUUCAUUACAGAUAGUUGACAAUCCUAUGAGAAAUCCUGAUAAAGCACUUGGAUUUUUUUCCUCUGCAUGCUUGAUAUAGAGAUAGGUUGGAAAUUAAGUUUUCAAUACAGCUUCCCUAUGUGAAUUGCAACCUGGAAUCUCAUCAGUUUGCAAGAGGAUGUAGAAUAUUAAGUCCCGCUUUCAAGAGAUUUAGGCAAUAAUCUAAGAUCUCUUUAAAAUCUUAACCUAUAUUAGCUUAUAUGUGAAAAAGCUAAGACUAGCUAGUACCACAAUACAUACUAGUUACUGAAAAAAACCCAGGCAUUACAAUCUUUCAAAAUGCAAACAUUUCACACUUAAUGAAAUCUAAACACUUAUAAAACACAAGUGCAGCCAAGUAGGAAAAUAUGUAGUGACUAAAGCCUCAAUCCUUUCUUUUACUGAUGAUAGUCGCUUCUUUCAUUAUAACAUAGUUGUUUAAAUUUGUCUGGUUAAGAUUAGACAGCUUUCUAAAGAUAGAUGUUUUUUCCACACUCUUCUCCAAGUGGGACACUUUUCAAGGCAUCAGAUUAAAAUAGAAAAACAAUGAUUGGGAUAAAUAAAACAUACUAGUUUUGUUUGGGUUUAUUCUGCUGUCAGCUACCAGUGCCUUUUCACAUACCGGCUUCUACCUUGAGACUUAAUUUUUUUAAAAAUUGCUAAUUCCACAGAUGAUCCCUAAAGAAGUUCAUCACAUAAAACCUGUCUGAAAUAAUUUAAUUUUUACAAGCAGCUUUGUCAGUAUCCUGACAGAAGAUGAGGCAAUAAAAUGCAUCCUUUAAGAUGGGCCCCUUUCAGUCUCUCUGGAAGAUGCCUCUAGGCAUAGUGCCACAAGGAUUGUUUUAAUUACCUAAUACUUAAGUUAAAAACAAUUUGAGAUGUUUAAGAAAAAGCCACAAGGUUUACUGAUCCUACACCAACCACAGAUAACCUUAGUUAGUAAAGGAUAGCUCAUAUAAGAUUUUGUUCUUUUGAACCAUACAAAGUAUUUUUGUUUGUCUGACUUGUUACUCAUUUGAUACAAAUGCUCAAUUUCUUUAAAGUUUUUUUCAGUUAGACUGAUGAGUAGAUUAUUUGUUCUCAUAAACUGACUGUAUUCUAACAGACAAUGCUGCAAACAAAGCAGAAUAAUGGUGUGUAUGUGUAUGUAAAAAGAGAAAAACACUGCUUUGAGCAUAAAAUUAACUCACCUCAAGUAGAAGGUCUCAUCACAGAAGCAAUUGUUACACUUUGAAAGUUCAACUUAAAACAAAGGUAUUAUCUUUUAUUUAAAGUUAAAGAAUCCUUUUCAAGGAGUAGAAAACAUUAUUACCCACUUCUGUUGAAAGGAGAAAUGUCUUUCUGACAGAAUAACAACAUGAAAAUGCCUCUCUGCUGUGCAUCUUGGAGUCUUAGGGCACUACUGCUCAUGUAGAGGAGCUUGAUUUUCCUAAUACCUGGCCAGGGUAGGUGAGCAUAAGAAACAUGAAUUAUCAGAAAGUAAUUUCUUGUUCAGUUGGAUAAUGACUGAUGUAGUUGAUGUCACUCUUUUCUAUAGCAUAAAAUUGCUCUGUGCUACUGAGCAAGCCCAGUUAAACCUUUGAAAUCCACAAGUAGAAGUUUGCUGGGGUGAGCAUAUUUGUAAUGAAUCAUCCUAAAUUCAAGUGCACUUUCAUGAACUAGAUGGAGUUAUUUAAAUGCUAUUUCCAGGUAAGUUACUGUCUUUUGGUAUCUCAAAUAUGAUUUUUCUUAAAUGUAAAGGAGCUAACUUAGGGCAUUCUAUGCAGAUAGUUCGUGACAACUGACCAUUUUUCCAACACAUCCACUCUCAUUAGAUCAGGUACAAGCCUCCAGUGAUUUUCAUAUAAAGUGACAGACUUGAUGUUAAGCAUUGUCAGGGUGACCUGCAGAGAAGGAGACAGCCGAUGUUCAUGGAACAAGCACAAAUGUGUUGUUACAGUGUCCUUUCUGGCCAAGAACAAAGUACUCCCCCCCAGUUUGCAGAGGAUUGCUGGCUGGCCAAGGGCCAUUUUGCAGAAGUGAAGAUUAAUGUUGUAAGAACUUCAGCUACGGUCAAAGCCAGUACAUACUGGGAAGUACAAAGAGAUGGUUUGCCAGAUGCUUGGUUUCAGGGAAAACAGACUUAGUUUCAAGGAAUAUUCUUUGGCUUUGUUUGGACCAUGUCUCAUCCCCCUUUGCAUAAUAUUAAUCCAUCAGGAACAAGAGAUACCAAGACACAGCACACUAGACCUGUGCACUGGAUGCAUCUUACAUCUGUUUUUAUAUUUUGUCUUGCAUUUAGAAAUUAUGUCACUGCUUCAUUUUAAAUCAUCUAAUGGUGUUUGUGUCAUUUUUCCUGGAAGCUAAUAUUUUUAGAGAUACUUAAAUGAGUUUAUUUUGCAUUUGUAAAUCAACCAUUGGUACUCAGAAAGAAUGACAACAAUGGCAACAUGUGGUCUGCUUUUUCCAUGGUUUAAUUUUUUAACAGAUUUAUAAAGAACUAUUUACAGAAAAUUCUACAAUUAUAAUUCUACAAUUAUAGUUCAUUACUAUUUCACAAGUUUGAUUGACUAUUGGUAUUAGUAAAUAUUCAAAAAAAAGCUUUACAGAUCCCAUAUAUCGUUAAUCAUUGGAUAAGAGAAAAUGGUGCCUUCCAUAUAGAUCUGAUAUUUAUUUUACAAACUGGUUUUUAAUCAUCAGUUAUUCUCAGUUGUGAUUAAGUCUACAUAGAUUUACUGCACCUUACAAUUUUCUUUUUGCUCAUCUUGCUCAGAUAAUCCUUGUUCAUUUAGAGAAUUUUUGGCUUUGUGCAUCAUAUGACUCUCACUAGUAUUAUCAGAGAGAGGUUUUGUGGAUUGUUUACACAGGCAAAGUGGUGACCUUGAAGUAGAAUUCUUUGGUGGAAAAGCUGUUACUGCUUGGGACUGCUGCUCAUCAUUUUCCUGUAACACAAACAAAAAUAUCAUUGUUUACUGCUAAUGGAAAACCAUAUUAGCUUUCUGCAGUGGGUCAAAAGACUUGCUGCAAAAGCCCAAAUAUUGGGGAUUUGGAAAAAAACACAGACAUACUGAAAACAGAAAAAAACCCUUUAAGACAUUUAUCACUCUCAAGAUACAAUACAGUGAGACUUGUUAACAGUUGUUUUGGUGUGGUGCAAGGUGGAAUAUCUGUUACACAGCUAGAAAGCUAUUUGCUAGAAGCAGAAAAAAAGCUACCCCAGGAACAGGCAGUACUUCUAAUCUGUUUACUAAGGUACCUAGUAUUUUGUACCAAGAUCUAUAUUUCAAUCUUCUGUACAUACACUGCAAAAAUAAAACAUAGGCCUCACUUUUUUGCUGACAUCUGGACAGAAACCACUGCUUUCACAUUUUAACUGAUGUGCAGUCAAACAGUCAAUUCACAGAGAAAAUUCACAUAGAAAAGUGAAUAAAUUUGCGUAUGAAAAUGACAGGCACAUUUUAAACACCUUGAGAAAUUUGCAACAGUUUGAAACUGGAUACUUAAAAUGAGGUACAUACAAGCACCUGUCAAAGAGAAGGAAACAAGGUUUAUUUCACUUUUAAAAUAAGAGACACCAUUUACUGUAUUAACAUAAAGCAUGAAACAGCAUGUUUCAAUAAAUGAAAUUAUGAGCAUUCCUCCAGAAAUUCCCAGAUGUACGUCAUCUUGAAAGAAAAUAAACACACGUGUCCAGCAACAUCCAAGAGAGAAGGGCAUAAAUUCCUGGAACUGAUGACUUUUUUGCAUCCCUGACUUGAGGGAAAUAAAAAACAACCCUGAAAUCUUUAUUUUUCCUAUCUAGUUGAAGGUAAGGAGAAGUCUGUCCUUAGAGCUAGACAAUACAAGCUUAGACAAAGAGGAGGACUGCCUGGGAAAUUCCUCCCCCAGUUAAAUUAGAAAAAAAUUAUUAUGGAUUGCUUGUUAUUUGUUGUAACCUUGAAUAUGAUCAGCAAGAGCCUAAAACAAGCUUACACCCUGCUGGCAGGUGAUUACUACACAACUUUCUGUGACCAAGGCUUCCUUUCUUUUUGCACUACUGAGAUUGUUUACAAGCAACAUCAUUUCUUUCUAACAUUACAGGGAAACAUACAUAAAUGAGUGUAAAUAAAGGUUAUUGGCAUCACUUAAUGAAACAGUAAUAAAACACAGACCUCCAGGCAAUGUCUGUAAGAAGUAGCAAAUUUUGGCAAGUAGGGUAAUUAUCCCUUGAAACAACAUACCCAAAUUCGGUGGAUUCACUCUCACUGCAAAAUACAGAUUUCAUAUGGCUAUAGUUCCAAAAAAAUUAUGUCUCUGACCUGUCCUCCCAAUGGUGCCUUCUGGCCUCAAAAUCUAUACAUCCAUCAAACUAUGUGUUACUUGCCUUUAAUUACUUUUGGUAUCUUGCCAACACACUUUAUGUGCUAAUACAAAAUAACUGCAUUUAAAAAAAAAACCAAAACAAACAGGAAUGAAAAAAUCAAGAGAAAACCAAAAAGCUGUGCACCAGAUUCCACUGAUUGCCAAGAGAAUGCUUUUGUGUAACCUGGCAAACUGGAAGAAUUUUUAUAUACUGACAUAUUUCUGUGUAGCCCUCAGAUAAAGAACUAUCAAUAUCUAAUAGCUAUUCUCUUAUUGCUCAGCUUGAGGCAGCAUGCUUAAAAACUUUGGAGGAGAUUUCGGACAACAAAAGUUUAUUUCUGUCCUAAGGCUGGAACACUUUUCUAUAAUCUGCAAAGCGCUUGCAUCAGCUUAGAAAGAAUGCCUUAUGUUCUAUGAAACAUUCAGCAGUGUGUCUGUUACUGAAAACACUUGAAAAGUUAAUGUAAACUUUAGUUACUAACCUUUUUUUAAUAAAAAUCCGCUUUCAAAAUCU